CAAGAAAUGGAAUUGUCAGUGUAUUUUUUAUUGCUAUUGCCACUGCUAAACAGCUUGUACAUUGUGUCCACAACAAAUGAUGCAACAGCGGCAGCUGUAGCAACACGACGUCACAGAAAUGCAACAGAGACGAACACAUCAACAACAGAGGAGGCCUUUGUCCAAAAUCGUAGUCACAGCCGUUUCGGCAACAGUUCCCGCGGCCACAGCAAAUCGCGCGCUGUUGCACAAUACAAAUUGCCGCUAGAUGUUGCGCUGGACGGCAGCGAUACCAGCAGCACUCGACUGCAGUCCGGGCGCAGGCGUAGCCAAGUGGUUAAGCGACGCAGGCCUACCACAACAACAACAACAUCUACGACGACAACAACAACGACGACGACGACAACAACAACAACGCCUCGUCCGAGUUUGGCCAACGGGUUCAAUUUCUUCAAUCCGAGCUUUUGGAAUUUUGGCCAGCAGAGUGUUAUUCCUGUGAGUGCUCCCACAAAGCAUCCGCAUCCGCAUCCGCCCAAGAAGUUCACCCAUUCCACGGACAGCAGCGGCUCCAAAGAGGAGAAACUCAACUAUCGCAACAGGCAACAAAAGACCACGCAGAAGCCAAGACGCAAAUUGGUUGCCACACCGCCAACAACGGCAAACACUACACCAAAAACGACAAGGAGAACAACAACAUCUCGUCCAGCAACAACGGAGGGACCAUUCCGCAUUGCGCUGCCAACUUUAACGUUUCCCAGCGCUUCGGGCAGCGACAAGGAGAAGGAUAAACGAGCUGCUGGCGAUCUGCGUCAACGUUUCAAUUGUCCCCGGGAGAACGAGGUGCGCUUCCAGCUCUUUCCCAAGAUCUGCAAAACGGACAAGGAUUGCUUAGUGUGGCAGCGUGACGAGAUCUGCUGCGACAUCUUCGGCUCCAAUAGCUGCGUAGCUGGCAUUGCCAAGCCACUGGAGGAGACGGCACACACACCAAUACUUGGCUGGAUACCACGCAAGUGUCCGACACGUCCGUUGGCUGAACUCUGGUGGGAUGUGCAGGAAUGCCGCUCGGAUAUGGACUGCUGGCCCCGGGUCUGCUGCCCGGACGGACGUCGUCGCUAUUGUCGCACCUCGCAUCCGGAGCUGGAGACGGUGCCGGUGCCGGUGAAGCGCUCCUUUGACUAUCUGACGGAGUACUUGGAGUGCACCGCUCCGCCGCCGCCCAUCUUUGAUCUGCAUCCGAAGGCGUGCACCUCGACGCUGGACUGCUUUCCGAAUGUUUGUUGCCAGGAGGCGGGUUUGCGACACUGUCGUCCACCCAAGAAAUCGGUACUCACACUGAUGGCCAAUUUUCUCAACGUCGACUUUGUGAAGCGGCUGACACAAAACAUUGUUAUCAAAUAAACACAAUUGAGCAAACAAUUACAUGCAUAUGUACAUAAUACAUACAAACGGAUACACAAAGACACAUACAUACAUACAUAUAUAUACAUAUAUAUAUAUGCGCACACCUAUUUAUACAUACGUACAUACCUCGUUUAUACGAUCACUUAUUGUAAUUUGUCAAUUAAACAAUUGAAUA